AUGGCGGCGGAUAAAAUUCAGCUCAACACCCUCAAGGAGUGUCUCCAGUUUUUGCUAGGGUUGCAUCAAAAUCAGAAUGAUGUGCAGACCCAGGUGGCCGCAGAGCUGGAAAAACGUAUUAGUAAGUAUUACACUCCCUCAUUUCUUGAAAAAAACACGAUUCAAUCCGCACUGUCUCAAUUCCUCCACCACGCGUCACAUUUCUACACGAGGCUAUGCAAAUAUACACAGCCUUGGACACAUAAAAGGGAAAGGACGGAGCAAAUCGUCGAUGCCCUCCUAGAGUGUACACCCAAGUUCCUCGCCGUUAUGUACUUUUUGUGGUACAAUGUGGAUCCGGGUUUCUCAAAACUUGAUGGAGGUGGUUGGAAACAGAACUGGACUGGGGCAUUAACGGGGAGUUACUGGCACAUGAAUAGCGGCGGUGAUCUCGACCAAUAUCUCUUCGCGAAAUCCGGCGACUCAAAGCACGGCGUCAUCCCAGGUGGGUUCACGUCUGACGAUCAGGUGAUAUAUAAUACGUUUUGGCAGGGUUACUACCAGGGCUCUUAUAUGACUGAGGACCUUAAAAAGAUUGUGGACAAAGGAAAAUAUAAUUAUUUCCGCAGCGUCUUUGUGAGCUCCGUUAUUGGAGAAUCGGCCAAGCGUCAAGAGAACGCCGCGAAUUCUCUUGUGUUGGCGAGAACCUUCUGCGAUAUUGUUCUUGGGGAGACAGAAAAAGAGAAGGGUGGAAGCUUGAUAACAGCAUUAAAUGAAGGUUUACACAGACAAGUUAUAUCAAAAGAGAGAUCCAUAUGCUGGCAAGACUUACUACAACAUUGCGCUAAGCUUCGAAAAAAAUUUGACAUGUUGUUCGGCAAUAAACACUUCGACUUCACCGGACUGUCGACGGACACAGGAAACCUUAAUAAGACAGCGCUUGCGCAGAAAACAGCGGACUGGUUAAGAACGAAUAUAACCACAGUGCGGGGACAUUUCGUGAAAAUUGAGGAAUACAAGACCGGUCAGCAUCUUGGAGAGUACUUCACGAAAAAUCUUUUCCCGUACGGUUUUACGAUUUUUAAUAAGACUCGCUUUGACAUGAGGGAAAGUGAUCUGCAGACAUUGAAAAAAGAUUGGUGUGAUGUAAUUAAUGAGUUUAAGAAUACCAGCGGUGAUUUGGAUAAACUGGUAAGAAUUUUGGAUGGAAGGUUUAGAGAUUCGUGUCCCAUUCUCCCACCUAAAAAGCCUGAGGUCCCGCCUGCCAAGGUUCCUGAAGCCCCCAAGGAAGUUGUGCCGGAGAAGAAAGUUCCUGUUACUCCACCUAAAAUGCCUGAGGCCCCGCCUGUCAAGGUUCCUGAAGGGAAUCAAGAUCAAGGCAAGAAAUCUGAGGGAGCACAGAACCAGGGUAAGAAAAGUGAGGGAACUCCACCUAUUCUAAAGCCUACUGCUACAACUCCGUCUCCCGGUGAUCACGGAGUCACAGGUCCGAAAGGGUCUAAAGGACAGCAAGGGUCUCCUGAUGCAGGGUCCACGGUGUAUUCUUCGACUCAGGAUACAUCAGGUAAGCAAAGUGUUCAGACUCAGCAAGUUACGACUCAAGUCCAGUCAGCGCCUCCAGGAAGAGGGGGAGCAGGCGGUGGAAGUGGAGGCGCUGCCAUCCCUGGCCAGCCAGGUGUCCAGGAUCCGGGUUCAUCGUCCGCUGAUGCUCCAACUAUACAGCCUGGUUCCCCUCGAAACACCGUGCUUGCUCAGUCUACGAGUGUUCCAGGUCCAGGCACUGGGCCAACUGGUGUCCAGGGGACUGGGUCACCAACAAGUCAAGGCUCCGAUCACACUCCAAGCAGCGGUCCUACCGAGUCGGUUGCCAAGCCGCCUGGUAAAGGUGGGAGCGGAUACGCAUACUACAUCGAGCCGUGUUAA